AUGUCUGGUAUUGUACCAAAGAAGAAUAAGCUUGUAUUUAAAGGUGAUAAGUCACAAAAAAAAAAGAAAAGAAAACAUCAUUCGUCUGAAGGACAUGAACGCGAAGGAGCAGAGUCUACAGACCAAGUUUGGGUACGUGCAGACAGUAUAGAAGACCUAGUGGGUCCUUUGUUUAUUACACAUCCUAGUGAUCCUCCUAUCUGUCUCACAGUAGACGAAGAUGAUCGAUUCCUUGCUUACCCUUUACCAGACUUGUAUGAGACUACACCAGAACCAACGAUCAUGCAACAAGUAUUUGUGGGUUCGCGUAUUGUAGGCUCAACAGAUGCAUUUACGCUCAAAUCAGCCAAUGGGAAAUACCUUAGUAGCGAUAAAUUUGGUCUUGUUUCUUGUUCAAGUGAAGCCAUUGGUGGACAAGAGGAAUGGAAGCCUGUGAUUGCAGAGGCAGGCAUUGGGUUUCAAAAUGUGCACGGUAAAUACUUGAUGAUUGAUCAAGUGGCAGGUAGUGGUGUUCGUAUUCGAGCAGAUGCUGAAGACGUUGGGUUUUGUGAAUCAUUUCGUGUUUAUUGUCAAGCUCGAUUUAAAUAUAAGCCUAAGACGAAAAAGAAGAAGGGCGAAUCAGCAGCAUCAGAACUGGAUACAGUUAAAAAAUAUCAUUCAUGGGGUGGACAGAUCAGUCAGACAUAUGAGGAUAAACAAGCGCUAAAAAGAGCUAAAACAGAAGGCAGAUUAGCAGAAGCUUUAUUAGACAGAAGAGAAAAAGCAAAAGCAGAUCGUUAUUGUAAAUAA